UGCGCAGAACCUUAACAGACCGCAUUCCCCGCUUCUCCUUCUCCUCGCAGGUCCUCCCAGCUCAACGCAAACAUUAAGAAGCGAGCUGCUUGGCUUAGCCGCUCAGCAGGGCCUUUUCCUUCACUGUUGGCGUGCAAUCAAUGUUAGUGUCCUCACCAUGGCAACAGAAGACAAGAAGCCAGAGACUGACACUAAGCCUCCAGUGGUCCCAUCAGCGUCUGCCAGCCAAAGCAAGUCUGCGCCCGCGAAGCCAAACUACAGCCUGAAAUUCACAUUAGCAGGACACACUAAGGCCGUGUCGUCCGUCAAGUUCAGCCCGAGCGGAGAAUGGCUCGCCAGCUCCUCUGCUGAUAAACUCAUAAAAAUCUGGGGCGCCUAYGACGGAAAGUUUGAGAAAACCAUCUCUGGACACAAGCUGGGCAUCUCCGAYGUGGCGUGGUCCUCGGACUCCAACCUGCUGGUGUCGGCRUCYGACGACAAAACCCUGAAGAUCUGGGACGUCAACUCGGGAAAGUGCUUAAAAACCCUGAAGGGCCACAGCAACUACGUGUUCUGCUGCAACUUCAACCCGCAGUCCAACCUCAUCGUGUCGGGAUCGUUCGACGAGAGUGUGAGGAUAUGGGACGUGAAGACCGGGAAGUGUUUGAAAACACUGCCGGCUCACUCCGAUCCCGUCUCCGCUGUUCACUUCAACAGAGACGGCUCUCUGAUCGUGUCCAGCAGCUAUGAUGGACUCUGCCGAAUCUGGGACACGGCGUCGGGGCAGUGUUUAAAAACUCUCAUCGACGAUGACAACCCUCCUGUGUCGUUUGUGAAGUUUUCUCCCAAUGGGAAGUACAUCCUGGCUGCUACUCUGGAUAACACGCUGAAGCUGUGGGACUACAGCAAAGGAAAGUGCUUGAAGACGUACACAGGCCAUAAGAACGAGAAGUACUGCAUUUUUGCUAAUUUCUCCGUCACCGGAGGGAAGGUAAUGCUGCUGUCCAGUCCUGCAAAGCAAAAGCAGGCUCAGAUCCCAGAUGAAACAUCCCAGAGGUUCCACAGGAUGUGCGAUUGUCCCGAUCACAAMGCCUGUGACAUCGCCGCKGUGUCGCUGAGCACUGUGGGUGUUGAAAACCUGAUCGUCUCUGCUGCUGUUUUCUCAUCAGGGAGGAUYCGACAAGCAAAGACGGAAACCAUGGCUCAGUGUGUCUAUGUCCUCGUUCCAGUCCCGUCUCGUCACUUACGUUGA